AUGGUUCGCUUCAAAGUUUGUUUCCGAAAUCUGUUCUGCAUUCGACAGCAGAUGCUGUGCAGAUUCUUGUGGCUUUGUUGUGUCAUCAUAAUCAGCCGCCAGCAGUGUUCUGCCUUCACCCUGUCUUCAUGCCCAUCACUUCGAUCGACCUUGUACAAUCGGGGGCUGCUGGCGAGCAGGUGGUCGGUGCAUGCGAAAGCGCCAUCGUCGGCGAGGAGAGGCGGCCUGUUGGAGUGGAGCUGUCUGACGUACGGGAAGCUAGUCGGAAAGGAGAUCCCCAGCUCGUUCACGGAGGGCGUGGAUUACUUCCGGAGCUCAGAGCACAAGGUGGGGGACCUUGUGAUCUUCGAGGACCAGGGCUCGUCCAGGCGAUUCGGCGAGAUCGUCGGCAUUGGGGCAGCCAACGAGUUCGAGGUCUGUCUCGCUGCGCAGGAAAGCUCUCCCUCAUCAAAGAGUACUGGGACCAAGAACGGGCAGGAGAUCAAAAAGCUUUCCCCGUCCUCCAUCGCGCUCCUCACUUCCAUCACAUUUGAAGCCUUCUCCCCCUCCAAGAGAUUCCCUGAGAAGAGUUGGAGCGAAGACGAAGGUUGUCGGGGGGAUGCACCGAGUAGAGACCUCGGCGACGAUCGAAACGAGAAGCUCGUCGGCAUCACGGUUCAGAACGUCUGGAGGGAAGGGGAGGACUACUACCGACCGGAGAGGUGCAAUGUCGGGGACCUUAUCUUCUUCCCGGUCUCGGACGGGAUCGUACAGUUUGGAAAGGCGGAGCUGGAGGUCUCGACAGGCAGCGGGCAGGAGAAGCUGCGAGUGUUGAGCGAGACUGCAGUGUGGGCUCCUUCCCCCGACGUCGUCUCCUCCCUCACCUACUUGCCUCCUCCUCCUCCGGACUCAGACCCUCCUCCUCUUCCCUGGACAGCCAGCCCUGCAGGAAUAGCGAAGAUGAGGCUCACCGGGGCAUUGCAGUUUGAGAAGAAGAUGACAGGGGAGGAGGAGGAGGAGGAGGAGAAACUUCUGGAUUCUUCUCUUCCUCCCGCCAUCUCCCCCGAUGAGCAGCGGCCGGUCGAGGACAUCAGCCGUUCAGCUCGCGAGCUUGUUGCAGGGGCUGGCAAGUCGUUGGCUGAGAAUGUCUGGCGAGGCUUCGGGUUUGUGUUGGACGAGGCUGUGAAGUCAGCGGAGAAGAUGGGAAGAGAAGCGAGAGAGAGGGCUCGAGAAGAGGAGACCAGGAGGGCGGCAGCGGAGGCGGAGGCAGAGGCCAGGAGGGCAGCAGUGGAGGCGGAGGCCAGGAGGGCAGCGGAGGAGGCGGAGGCCAGGAGGGCAGCGGAGGAGGCGGAGGCAGAGGCGAGGGCAGCGGUGGAUGCAGAGGCGAGGAGGGCAGCAGCGGAGGCGGAGGCGAGGAGGGCAGCAUCGGAGGCGGAGGCGAGGAGGGCAGCAGAGGAGGAGGCGGAGGCGAGGAGGGCAGCGGAGGAGGCGGAGGCGAGGAGGGCAGCAUCGGAGGCGGAGGCGAGGAGGGCAGCAGCGGAGGCGAGGAGGGCAGCAGAGGAGGCGAGGAGGGCAGCAGAGGAGGCGGAGGCGGAGGCGAGGAGGGCAGCAUCGGAGGCAGAGGCGAGGAGGGCAGCAUCGGAGGCAGAGGCCAGGAGGGCAGCAGCGGAGGCGGAGGCCAGGAGGGCAGCAUCGGAGGUGGAGGCGAGGAGGGCAGCAGCGGAGGCAGAGGCGAGGAGGGCAGCGGAGGAGGCAGAGGCGAGGAGGGCAGCAGAGGAGGCAGAGGCGAGGAGGGCAGCAGAGGAGGCGGAGGCGAGAAGGGCAGCGGAGGAGGCGGAGGCGAGGAGGGCAGCGGAGGUUGCAUACGAGGAGAGGAGAGCUGCAGAGCAGGAGCUGAGAAAUGCGGCGGAUCGCUCAGUGAAGGAGGCGAGGAGGGCAGCGGAGGAGAAGACAGCACGUGAAGAGCUUGAGGGACUCGACGGAGAAGUUUCGAUGAGAGGAGGAGAGAGUCGUGAGAGCGAAGAGGACAAAAGCGACAACAGGGACGAAGAGUCAGCAACUUUACGCUUUCUGUUGUCGUCGACUGAAACUCUCUCGAGGACACGCGCAGAUGAAACGUCGGACAACUACAAGGCCAAGAAGAGGAAGUCGCAGAGAGCGCCAGUGAGCAAAGGUUUCGGUGCAGACAACAGGCAGAGGAGAAAGAACAAGUCGAGAUGA